CCUAUCAUGUGUCGCAGAAGCUGCUCCCCCCCUCCAAAUGUCCACAGUCUCUGGUCAUCUGUAGUAUGUCCGCAGUCUCUGGUCAUCUCCUGUACUAUGUCCACAGUCUCUUGUCAUCUCCUGUACUGUGUCCAUAGUUUCUGGUCAUCUCCUGUAGUAUGUCCGUAGUCUCUGGUCAUCUCCUGUACUAUGUUCGCAGUCUCUGGUCAUCCCCCGUACUAUCCCGCCAGUCUCUGGUCAUCCCCUGUACAAUGUCCGUAGUCUCUGGUCAUCUCCUAUACUGUGUCCGCAGUCUCUGGUCAUCUCCUGUACUAUGUCCGCAGUCUCUGGUCAUCUCCUGUGCUGUGUCCGCAGUCUCUGGUCAUCUCCUGUAGAAUGUCUGCAGUCUGUGGUCAUCUCCUGUA